AUGAGCGGCGUGAGACAUAAUUUUUGGGCCGUAAUGGUGGCGUUUGUUGUCUUGAACACCAUUACCGUUGGAUUGAGACUAUGGCUUCGAAUCUCCAGUCAAAGCUUCGGCUAUGACGAUUAUGCGACUGGAUUAGCCUACGCCGUUUUUAUUCUCUUUUGUGCUUUUGAGUUUCGUGCCUUGGAUUAUGGCUACGGAGCCACAGAUAUACAGCCUGGGUACAAACCUAUGCUUGCGGCCGAGUAUUUCGUUAUUGCACAGUUGCUGUACCUAAUCGCUCAGCUGGUAGCCAAGAUCAGCGUGGCUUUGGUCUUAUAUCGAAUCGCUACAAUGGCCCCUUUGGUGCGAAGAGUGCUAAUCGGCUCAAUGGCGGUUAUGUCUGUCGUGUCUGUCGUGGCCAUCUUCAUCUUCGCGUUCCAAUGUCGCCCGCUCUCAGUAGCUUGGGGAGUAGGCACUGGAACGUGUCUUCCUGGCUCAACGAUAGCGAACACGGCGUACGCAGUCAGUGCUGCUGAUAUUUUAUUCAGCUGGCUAUAUGGACUCCUGCCCAUUUAUCUGCUCUGGAGUGUCCAAAUCAGCUUGCGAACAAAACUAGUUGUCUCUAUUCUACUUGGUUUUGGUGCAGUGAGCUGCAUUGCGACGAUCCUACGACUUAAUUAUGCUAUUGAGGUUUCUCGGGUCCCAUCAACGGCGUCGGCACAGGCUGUCAACUUGCUCCUCACAGCGACCAUAUACUCGGCCGCCGAGGUUGGCUUGGCCAUAUUCUGUGCUUCUCUUGCUGCUCUGAAACCGCUGCUGAAAUUCAUCCCAUGGGUGCCCGGAUCUUCCAAAGGCACGUCCAAAUUCGAUAGUAAUCUCGAACCACGAGGCCCAAGCAUUCGACUCCAAGACCGACAGGUGGAGAAUGGAAGUGAAGAAAGCAUUUUACAGAACACGCCACGCCAUAUUCAGAAAACGACCCAUUAUGAAGUCCAUUACGAAGAGCGCUAG